AUCGCUGUGCGCCGGCAAGAUGGCGGCGGCGGUGGCGGCGCGGGGUCUGCUGUGGCGCUGCGGGCGGCCUCCGCCGGCGCUGCUGGGCCGCGUGUGGCGGCGGGGGCGGCUGAGCGGCCUGCCCGGCCCCCGCAGGCCGCCGCCCUUCGCCGCCGCGGCCGCCGGCCCUCCCUCGGGGCCCUGGGCGGUGUCCCAGCGGGGCCUCCAGCUCCUGUUCCGGGGAGGGCCCGGGGGGAGCGGCAGCCAGGACGGCCUGGAGGGCGGCGAGGAGGGCGGAGCGGGCGGAGAGGAAGGCGGCGGCGGCGGCGGCCUCCCCGGCGACGGCUCGAGCGGCCCUCCCGUGGUGACCGCGCUGGCCCCGCUCAUGGUCCCCGAGCACGUCCCGCACGUGCCCCUGAUCGCCGUCACCCGGAACCCGGUUUUCCCCCGCUUCAUCAAGAUCAUUGAGGUGAAAAACAAGAAGCUGGUGGAGCUGCUGAGGAGGAAGGUCCGCCUCGCCCAGCCCUACGCCGGGGUCUUUCUCAAGAGGGAUGACAACAAUGAGUCAGAUGUGGUGGAGAGCCUGGAUGAAAUCUACCAGACGGGGACUUUUGUCCAGAUCCACGAAAUGCAGGACUUGGGAGACAGGCUGCGGAUGAUUGUCAUGGGACACCGGAGAAUCCGCAUAAACAGGAAGCUGGAGGUGGAACCGGAGGAGUCUGAGGCCGAGGCCAGGCAGAAACCUCGCAGGAAGCACAAACAUUCCAAGAGGGAGGCCAGAGAGCAGGCGGAGACCCCCGAGCCAAUCCUGCAGCCCCUGGAGGCUGUCCCCAGUGAGGUGCUCAUGGUCCAGGUGGACAACGUGGCCCACGAGGAUUUCCAGAUCACGGAGGAGAUCAAAGCUCUCACGGCAGAAAUCGUCAAGACCAUCCGGGACAUCAUCGCCUUGAACCCCCUUUACAGAGAGUCGGUGCUUCAGAUGAUGCAGGCUGGGCAGAGAGUGGUGGAUAACCCCAUCUAUUUGAGCGACAUGGGGGCGGCACUGACGGGGGCGGAGUCACAUGAGCUGCAGGACAUCCUGGAGGAAACCCAGAUUCCCAAACGCCUGUACAAAGCUCUGUCUCUUCUCAAGAAGGAGUACGAACUGAGCAAGCUCCAGCAGCGGCUUGGGCGGGAGGUGGAGGAGAAGAUAAAGCAGACGCACCGCAAGUACCUGCUGCAGGAGCAGCUGAAGAUCAUCAAGAAGGAGCUGGGCCUGGAGAAGGAGGACAAAGACGCCAUCGAGGAGAAGUUCCGGGAGCGCCUGAAGGAGCUGGUGGUGCCCAAGCACGUCAUGGAGGUGAUCGACGAGGAGCUGAACAAGCUGGGACUCCUCGACAACCACUCCUCCGAGUUCAACGUCACCCGAAACUACCUGGACUGGCUGACAUCCAUCCCUUGGGGCAAAUGCAGCGAGGAGAACCUGGACCUGGCCAGAGCGCAGGCAGUCCUGGAGGAGGAUCACUACGGCAUGGAGGACGUCAAGAAGAGAGUGCUGGAAUUCAUAGCCGUCAGCCAGCUCCGGGGAUCAACGCAAGGCAAGAUCCUUUGCUUCUACGGCCCGCCGGGGGUUGGCAAGACCAGCAUUGCCCGCUCCAUCGCCCGGGCCCUGAACCGUGAAUAUUUCCGCUUCAGCGUUGGGGGAAUGACGGAUGUGGCAGAGAUCAAAGGACACAGGAGAACCUACGUUGGCGCCAUGCCAGGGAAGAUCAUUCAGUGUCUGAAGAAGACCAAAACGGAAAACCCCCUGAUCCUAAUCGAUGAGGUGGACAAAAUCGGCCGAGGCUACCAAGGAGACCCUUCUUCGGCGCUUCUUGAGCUGCUGGAUCCGGAACAGAAUGCCAACUUCUUGGAUCAUUACCUUGACGUCCCUGUUGAUUUAUCCAAGGUUCUCUUCAUUUGUACUGCCAACGUGACAGAGACAAUCCCAGAGCCCCUGCGGGACAGGAUGGAAAUGAUCAAUAUCUCUGGCUACGUCGCCCAAGAGAAGCUGGCCAUAGCAGAGAGGUACUUGGUCCCUCAGGCACGUGUCCUCUGUGGGCUGGACGAGACCAAGACAAGCAUUACGCCCGAAGUGCUGACGGUCCUCAUCAAGCAGUACUGCCGGGAGAGCGGUGUCAGGAACCUGCAGAAGCAAGUGGAGAAGGUACUUCGGAAGUCUGCCUACAAGAUCGUCAGUGGGGAAGCGGAGAAGGUGGAGGUGACGCCCGAGAACCUGCAGGACUUUGUGGGGAAGCCCAUCUUCACCGUGGAUCGAAUGUACGACGUGACCCCUCCCGGGGUGGUGAUGGGCCUUGCCUGGACAGCCAUGGGAGGCUCUACCUUGUUCAUCGAGACCUCCCUCCGAAGGCCCAAAGACCCAGAGAGCAAGGAGGGCACCCUGGAGAUCACGGGGCAGCUGGGAGAUGUGAUGAAGGAGAGCGCCAAAAUCGCCUACACCUUCGCCCGCGCCUUCCUGAUGCAAAAGGAGCCAGAUAACGACUUCUUGGUGACCUCCCACAUCCACCUGCACGUGCCAGAGGGUGCCACCCCCAAAGAUGGACCGAGCGCUGGCUGCACGAUAAUCACUGCCCUGCUGUCUUUGGCGAUGGACCGCCCGGCGAGGCAAAACGUGGCCAUGACCGGGGAGGUGUCGCUGACCGGGAAGAUCCUCCCUGUGGGGGGAAUCAAGGAGAAGACCAUUGCGGCCAAGAGAGCCGGAGUCUCCUGCAUGAUCCUUCCCUCUGAAAACAAGAAGGAUUACUCUGACCUUGCCGAGUUCAUCACUGAAGGACUGGAAGUACAUUUUGUGGAGCACUAUAAGGAAAUCUUUGACAUUGUUUUUCCUGGGCUGGCUUCUGCCGGAGCAUGA